CCAUUUUCAGAAGGAUCGGAUAUGGCGCAAUACGGCAAGGCAUCGUACUGGGACGAACGAUACACCAAGGAUGCGGAGCAGUUUGACUGGUACCAGCGAUACGCUGGGGUGAAGGACCUCAUGCUCCAGUACCUGAAGAAGACAGACAACGUGCUCAUGUCUGGCGCAGGCAACUCUCGACUGAGCGAAGAGAUGCUCAAUGACGGGUUUCAGACGAUUAUGAACAUUGAUGUCUCGCAAGUUGUCAUCGAUCAAAUGGGCAAAAAGUACGAAGGCCAUGAAGGCAUGCAGUGGCAACAGAUGAACGUUUGUUCACUGUCGUUCUCUGACGAAACAUUCGACAGCGUGGUGGACAAGGGUACGAUGGACUCAAUCUUGUGUGGUGAAGGGUCGACUGCCAACGUCGCCAAGAUGUGCCAAGAAAUCUACCGCGUGCUCAAACCCAAUGGCGUGUUCUUUAUCAUUUCUUAUGGCGUGCCGGACAACCGAUUGAGCUAUCUCGAAAACAACGAACUGCACUGGAAAGUCACGGUCCACACCGUUCCCAAGCCGACGGUUAGCGCCGUCCAAGUUACCGACGCCGCUGACGCUAACGCCGUCCAUUACAUUUACGUGUGCCAAAAAGGCGUCAAGACUGAAGGCUAGGAAAGGUCUACCCACUGCUCGUUGCGCCGGCAGUCCCACAAGUAUUCGACGCUAGCGCAUGCGUCAAUUGAAAUACAGUUAAACCACCAGCAACAAUGUAUCCGAAACAUGCAAAACUACA